AUGGCCAAAGGACGUGUCUGUUUGGCGUACUCAGGUGGCCUUGAUACCAGCUGUAUUCUAAGAUGGCUUAUCGAGGAAGGUUAUGAGGUGGUCGCAUUUCUGGCAAACGUUGGACAGGAUGAGCCAUGGGACGAAGUGGAAAAAAAGGCCAUCAAGCUUGGUGCCAAGAAGAUGAUUAUCGAAGACCUCCAAAAAGAAUUUGUCGACGAGCUUUGCUUCCGAGCUGUCCAGUGUAACGCUCAAUAUGAGGGGCGCUACCUUCUUGGAACCAGUCUUGCUCGUCCUGUCAUUGCUAGGGCCCAGAUGCGUGCUGCUGAGCGUGAGAAAUGUGACUUCGUCUCUCAUGGCUGCACUGGCAAAGGAAACGACCAGGUUCGUUUCGAGCUUGCCUUCUACACUAUUCGUCCCGACAUUCGAGUCAUCGCUCCAUGGAGGGAUCCUAAAUUCUUUGAACGCUUUGCUGGUCGUGAAGCCCUUCUAGACUAUGCUGCCCAACAGGGUAUUCCCGUCACAUCCACCAAAGCUAAACCUUGGUCUAUGGAUGCCAACCUGGCUCACUGCUCAUAUGAGGCUGGUAUCUUGGAAGAUCCGGCAAUCACUCCUCCAGAGCAUGUCUGGACAAUGACUGACGAUCCACUCAAAGCUCCCAACGAGCACGAGGAUGUCACCAUCAGUUUCGAGAAAGGCAUUCCCACCAAGAUUGUUUACCCAGGUGGCGAGGAGUCCGAGUCCGUAACUUUGUUCAAGAAGCUCAAUGAGAUCGGUAAGAAGCAUGGGGUUGGUCGAAUUGACAUCGUGGAGAACCGUUUCAUCGGUCUCAAGAGCCGUGGCUGCUACGACUCCCCUGCGAUGACAAUUCUUCGUUGGGCUCAUCUCGAUCUUGAGGGCCUCGUACUUGAUGCCCAAGUUCGUUCCAUCCGUGACCAGUUUGUAACUCAUAAGUGGUCUGAGCUGCUUUACAAUGGCAUGUAUUUCUCACCAGAGCGCGAAUUCGUGGAGAACAGCCUCCUCUUCGCGCAGAAGCGUGUCAACGGUGAGGUCCGCCUUCGCCUUUACAAAGGAAACGUCUUCGUCCUAGGACGUUCUUCUGAGACAGAAAAGCUUUACUCUGCAGAGGAGGCAUCUAUGGACUCCCUUGACAACUUCAGCCCGGUCGAUACUACUGGAUUCAUUGGAAUCCAAAGUAUCCGCCUGAAGAAAUAUGGUCUGCAGAAGCAAGAGGAAGGUGAGAACUUGAGCAGGGCAUAG